AUGCAGUAUAAUUUAGAGGAUCGCAAAUUUCGCCGAACAAAUAAACUGACCGGUACUUGGUUGGAUAAUAGUGCAAUACAUCAGCGAACUGUCUACCACGGCGUUUGUGAUGGGGAAGAAGAUGAAGUUCUCACCAGACGUGGCUCCUGGUCCGGACGAUUUGAUUUUUUGCUUUCGCUGUUGGGAUAUUCUGUCGGGCUUGGCAACGUAUGGCGAUUUCCUUAUUUGUGUUACAACAAUGGAGGAGGAGCAUUUUUAAUUCCAUUCACCGUCAUGCUGGUAAUCGCUGGCCUACCACUAAUGUUUAUGGAACUGUCGUUGGCACAGUAUGCAGGCCUUGGUCCAGCUGUACUUUUCAAACGUUUAUCGCCACUCCUGCAAGGGCUGGGGCUGGGAAUGGUUCUAGUCGCUGGUAUUGUAAUGCUGUACUACAACGUUAUCCUGGCAUGGACCUUGUUUUAUAUGCUUGCCUCGUUCGAGGAACCGCUGCCUUGGAAAGGUUGCGACCACGCCUGGACAAGUAAGUUUUGCUAUUCUUACGAAGACGAAAAUAAGUGCCUCAGCCAGAGUGGGACCUACUAUAUGCGAGAGUGCUACGCUAAUGAAAGUUUGAUUACGAACUUUAUCAAGGUACCAAAGAAACCGCCUGCCGAAGAGUUUUUCAAAAACUACGUCCUGCAGCUUUCUGCUGGUAUUGAGCACACUGGAAACAUAAGUAUCACUUUGGCACUUUCCCUGCUGGCAGCUUGGCUCAUCGUUUUUCUGUGUCUAUGCCGAGGAGUGAAAUCUUCCGGAAAGGUUGUCUACUUUACAGCGCUGUUUCCGUACGUAGUUCUAGUGAUGCUCUUUGUGCGAGGCAUAACGCUUCCUGGAGCACGAGCUGGAAUUCAGUACUAUCUGGAACCUGACUGGGGCAAACUGAAGAGUGCGCAGAUUUGGGGCGACGCAGCCGUUCAAAUCUUCUUCGCAUUGAGUCCCGCUUGGGGUGGCUUGCUGACGCUGGCCUCCUACAACAAGUUCACCAACAACUGCUACCGGGAUGCAAUAAUAGUAGCCACAUCAAACAUCCUAACGUCGUUCUUCGCUGGGUUUGUAAUAUUUUCAAUACUCGGUUUUUUGGCUCACGAGCUGGACACCGAGGUAGAAAGUGUGAUUGAUCAGGGUGCCGGUCUGGCUUUCGUAGUGUUUCCGGAAAUGGUUACCAAACUACAGAUGCCGAUGUUUUGGUCGGUUCUAUUUUUCUUCAUGCUGCUCACGCUGGGGUUGGAUUCUCAGUUUGCUUUGAUGGAAACGGUAGUGACCGCCAUCCUGGACACGUUUCCUAAACUGAGACGUUGGAAGCUGCGGGUUGUGUUUGGAGUUGCCUUGGCUGGGUAUAUCGGUGGUUUGGUAUUUAUUACUAAUAGUGGCAUGUACUGGUUUCAAUUGGUCGAUAAGUACGCGGCUAAUUGGUCCGUGCUUCUAAUCGCUAUCCUUGAGUGUGUUCUGGUUGCAUGGAUUUAUGGCUCCCAAAGGUUUAUUUGCAACAUCGAGGAAAUGAUUGGAACUCGUUCCCGAUGUUUUGUCAUCUUUUGGAGCACCGUAUGGAAAGUAGUGACACCUGCCACGUUAUGUUUUAUCCUUUGCUUCAACUGGAUUCAAUACAAACCUGUUUCCUACGGUAAAUACAGCUAUCCGGAUUGGGCAGACAUCGCUGGGUGGGCUAUCGGGUUACUUCCCAUAGCUACCGUGAUGAUAACGGCCUUAUAUAAGCUUCUAACGGACAGCAGUAACCAGCCAGUAAUAAAACAAAUCACGGACCUACUCAAACCAACCGACGAAUGGAAGGCUGCUCGACCGUCAUUGCACCAUCUCGAGUAUGAUGACCAUGGCAUUGAAAUCUAACUCGACUCUUGCCCGGUGACAAACUCUGUGUUGGACACCGAUAAAAGAUACCUACCGGCUAGCAUGUUGUAGUGAAGCACAAAGACCCAAUUACCGGCCCGAUCCAACAAGAGACAACCCAAAAAAUAGUGAUAAGAUAAUUAUUCCAAUAAAAUCACCUCAAAAUAACAACGGCCAGUCAACCCUGCUGACGGCUGACGGGGCGAAGUCUGGACGUCAUCAAUAGCUUGAGUAACCGAAAUCCAAUGGUUGAAUAUAUCCAAUUCUUCAAAGUUCUAGUUUUAUUCACUCCCCAGCUUUGAGUUUUUCUUAGUCCGCUCACAAAUAAAUAU